CACUGAGUCUGAAGGAGACAGAAACUGCUUCAGGUUCCCACAGAUAAGAAGAUUGAACGUUAUAAUGACGUCAGCUCUUCCCUCCUUGCUAUAUAGAUUCAGUGUAAAAAAUUCCACUGUUGUGAUGGUUUGAAUGAGGAUGGCCCCGUAAGCUCAUGUAUUUGUAUGCUUGGUCCCCAGCUGGUAGAACUGUUCUCUCUGCUGGGUCUUGUUUUGGUCCAGUAUUUCCUUACUACACUCUUUCCUCCCUUUUGGAAUCGAAAUAUACAUUCUGUGAGAUUAUAUGUUGAAACAUGUAAUUUGAGUUUUGCUUUAAUAGGAGGUUACAAUUAAAAGAUUGCCUUGAGUCUCAGAAGAGAUUUUGGACUUUGAAAUAGUGUUGAGGCUAUAAAGACUAUGGGGACUUUUGAAGUUUGACUAAGUCAAUUUUGCUAUGAUAUCACUAUAAGCCUAUGGAGGGCCAGAAAGUGGAAUAGAGUGGUUUAAAUAAACUUCCAGAGGCUCAUAUAUUUGAGUGCUUGGUGUCUAGUUGGUGGAACUGUUUGGGACGGAUCAGGGGGUGUGGCCUUUUGGAGGAGGUAAGCCACUGGAGGUGGCUUGGAGGUUUUAAAAGUCCAAGAACAUGGACAAGCCUCUCUGUGGAGGUAGGGGAGGUACAGAACAUGGAUAAGCCUCUAUUUCUGACAGAGUGUGCAGGUGAAAUUGAUUAUAGAAACUGAAGGCUGUGGAGGAUGGGGAACCUGUGAAGGUUGGAGAAUGGAGAGUUACUGUUGUGUCACCUCUUCCUACCUCCCCUCCCCCACUCAGGAGCCCUUUGUGACAGGGAGACAGGGGCUCUGUGAUGUAGGCUGGACCCAGCUGAAACUCCCAGAGAGAACUCUCAGCAUUCAGGUGCCUGAGAGCAACAGUGCUAUACAGAUGGAGAAUUUUCUGUUCCUUCUGGAAAGCAUAGACACUUCAUGGCUGACCCCCAGCUUCACUACUUGGGCAAUGGACAUGAUCCUUGCCUUUGUGUGUGGGCUGGGGCUCUUCCACCUAUUACUCUUCUUCCACCUUGACUCACCCUCACCUCCACCAAUGGAAAACACCACCACCCAAAAGGUGAAGAGGGAGUACAGCAAGGUCAGGAAGAAAAUCAGGACCGUGAAAGCUUACAGAGGCAGCAGGAAGAAACCCAAGGGGGACAAGGUACUGGUUUCCCUUCUGCACAGCAUGCUAGAGAGGCUUGUCGAUACCAUCAGCUGUUGCCAGCUCUUAGGACAAGAUGCCUCGGGUGAAGCGUCUAAGCCAGAAGCUGCCAAAGCCCACCUGCCACCUAGUCAGCCCACAGAGAAGUCUGUGGCCACCAGUUUGUCCCUGGCGGUUUCCUCUGUUCCUCUCAAAGAUUCUAAAAUCUCGUCACCUGUCCUGCUGGAUUCCUCAGCUUCUACUGAGUCCCAGUUUUCUGGGAGUGCCUCUCAGCCACCAGAGACCUUGACUCCUGGAAGACGUUAUUCACCACCACUGGCAUCUUCCCACCCAUCUCAUCCUCCUGAUCCUGUGGCUUGUCCUCCACCCAUGCCAGAUCCCAGCACAAAGGCUCCUUGGUGUGACUGGAAAACUCUGGGGACCUCACAGAGCACACCUCUGCCAGGUUUGCCUUCUCCAAUCCCAACCACUGCAGGGAUUGACCAUUCAAGGAAGCCUACUUCCACCACGCCAGGCCUUGACCACUCAAUCAGGCCUACCUCUACAACCACAGGCCUUGACCAUUCAAUCAGGCCUACCUCUACCACCCCAGGCCUUGACCACUCAAUCAGGCCUACCUCUACCACCCCAGGCCUUGACCACUCAAUCAGGCCUACCCUUGACCACUCAAUCAGGCCUACCUCUACCACCCCAGGCCUUGACCACUCAAUGAGGCCUACCUCCACUACCCCAGGCCUUGACCAAACAAGGAAGCCUAGCUCUACCAAGCUAGGCCUUCACCAAUCAAGCUGGCCCACCUCUACCACCCCAGGCCUUGACCACUCAAUGAAGCCUACCUCUACUACCUCAGGCCUUGACCAAACAAGGAAGCCUACCUCUACAAAGCUAGGCCUUUACCAAUCAUGCUGGCCUACCUCCACUACACCAGGCUUUGACCACUCAAUCAGGCCAACCUCAGCCAUCCCAGGCCUUGACCACUCAAGCAGGGGGAUCUCAACCACCCCAGAUCUUGACCUCUCAACCUGGCCUACCUCAAAUACUCCACGCCUUAACCAUUCAAGGAGUGAGACCUCCACCACCCCAGGCCUUGACCACUCAAGUAGGCCCACAACAACUACUCCAGGCCUUAACUACUCAAGCAGGCCUAUUUCAACCUCCCCAGGCCUUGACAACUCAAGCAGGGGGACUUCUACCACUCCAGGCCUUGACCACUCAAGCAGGCCUACCUCAACCACCCCAGGCCUUAACCAUUCAAGCAGUGGGACCUCCAUCAGCCCAUGCCUUGACCACUCAAGCAGGCCUACCUCAACCACCCAAGGCCUUAACCAUUCAAGCAGAGGUACUUAUACCUCUCCAGGCCUUGACCACUCAAGCAGGCCUACCUCAACCACCCCAGGUCUGGAACAUUCCAGCAGGUCUUCCUCAAAUAUGCCAAGUCUUGACCACUCAAGCAGGCCUAAUUCAACCACCCCAGGCCUUAAACAGUUAAGCAGGCCUACCUCUACCAAUCCAGGCCUUGACCUCUCAAGUAGGCCUACCUCAGGCCCUUCCUGGUACCAGGUAGCUGCCAAAACCUGGUGCUGCUCCAACUCACCACAUGGUGAAUCCUCAAAAGACCAUCUGUUUCUCAGCCUCCAAAAGGCCUCGUUCUGGACAGGCCCCACAUACAUGCAGAUAGACACUGAGAAGCCCUCUUUCAUCAACCCUGAUAUCCAGGAGAGGCUGGAAUUUGAGAUUCAAAAGAGGGUUGAACUAAAAGUUUGGAAGGGGAAAGGCAAAGACAGGUGUGACCAUGCCCUGGGAUAUAUGGACAAUAUGCUGCAGUCCUGGAGCAGCCAGCAGGCCACCACCAGAACCUGCAAAUCAGAGCAAUUUACAGGUCAUCAGCAGUUCUUUUACAAGAAAUACAGUCAGCUUUUCUGGGGCCUCCCCUUUCUCCACAGUGAGUCCCUUGUGGUUACUGUCAACAUGGCAGGGUCCCUACCAGAGCCCCCCUCCAUCUUAUUCAAUGGACUCUCUACUUACAUCCCAACAUUAUAUCAGACUAAUGUAAAUCCACAGCUUUUUUCUCUAAAGCCCUUGCUUCAACAUUUGGUCAAAACCCAACCUUUGACUCCAAAGUUAUCCAGGUCCCAAUCUCCACCAGUGGCUGGAAUCCAAACCCAGGGCUGUGACGCAUCCUCUCUCACAAAGCUACCACACCAUUCACCUCCAACCAGGGAUUAUGGGGCUUCUCGACCUAGAGCUUCAAGAGUCCAAUUUAUGAUCCCACCUGCUGCUCAACACCUAGAGCGCCACCUUUUGAAGAAGCACCAAGAGAGUAAGUGUGAUUUACCCCCCAUAGUUAAGAGGUCACAGGAAGCAUUUCAUCAACUCAAUUCUAACAGUUGGGCCUCCCAGGGAAAGGGUUCUGUUGACCACCUCCCGGGGAAUUUCAUUAACCCCGGGCUUCAGCAGCAGCUGGAACAAAACUUAAAAAAGACUGACACACAACGGCCAUGCCCCCACAAGGUCCAGUUAUCUCUUGAUCCGAGAAAGUCUCAGGACAAACUCCCAGGGAUGGGUCAGGCAAAAGUUAACCACGGGACCUCAUGUUCAUCAGCACUGGGAGAUGAAAGCAGUCUUCAUGCACAAAGUAUCUCAUCACAGGGUCUAGAAAUAUUCCAAAUAUGGAAGGACCCAAGCACGUAUCUGACAAACUGUCUUGGAAGAGCUCUGAACAAUCUGUACAGGACCCCAGAAGAUUACCUAGGAGAAGUUCUCGGGGCUAUCUCUGAGACAGAGACAGAAAGUGUCCACAUGAGACACCUGAGAAGUGACACUCGAAGUGUUUCCCCAGUGGGACCAGGAACGAAGUUACUAAAAGGUACCCCCUCAAAAGACUCAAGCAGCAAGUGGAGGCAUGCCCAGGACAGUAAGGUGCAUGUGGGAAUUUGUCAUGCAGUAUGUAUGGACCAUGCAUUGGCCCCUCCUGAAAACUUGAAUGAUUGUACCACCUACAGGAAAACUUCUGGUGGGCCUUCCUUCCUAGAUCCUGGCACUCAGAAGGUGCUGGAAACACAUCUUACAAGACGUCUGGUGAGGCACAGAUGGAGCCUGCCCCUCAUAGGCCUCAAGGCUAUCCAUGUUCUCAACAAGACCAAGGCUACAGCUGUGCCCUUUCCACAGCCCUCUGAAUCUUCUUUGUCCUUCUGGGAUUCUAGUGAUGACUCCAUUGUCAAAAAGGCCAGUGUCCUGGGAGAACCUUUUCAGAAAGGCCCAGAAGAGAAAAUGAAAACAACUUCCACACAGAACCCUCCUUCUGCCUCCCAGCUGGGAUUCCUGAGAGAGACUCCACCUAGAGACAAUUCUGGACCCUCUGAGGCCCCUACAACUGUCAAGGGAGACAAUAUGACUUCUCUGUCCACCUCACAAAGUCUCGUGGGCAGAGACUGGCACAAUGAUAGGGUUCUUAGAUCUUGGACAGGCAACCCAGAGUCAAACCCAAGCCUAGUGAAGGGUGCACAUGAGUCACAGGAGAAGGAGCGUCUGAUUUUAAGCAAUACCUACAAUUGGGUGUCAGUUCGGGAGAUCAGUGUGACAUCCCAGUCACCAAGUAGCAGGGAUACCAGGGAACUUAAGAAGGCGGAGGAGGAACAGUCUUGUGACUGGGCAGUCAUUAUGGAAGCUGGGGAGAUGGCCAACUCUGAAAGCAACCAUCAAUAUCUAAGGGAUUCAGAAUCACUGGAGCCCAGUGAAAGUCCAUCCCCUUCUACCCAGGAUCCAGAAGACUCAGGCCUGAGCACACUUCACUGCUCGUCCCCUGGUGUUGCCCUGCAGGACUGUGCUACUGAAUCAUUCUUUAAAGACUGUGCCCCUGAGAUUCUCCUUGCUGCAGAUAUCCUGGCCUCCAGAGCCUCGCAGUCCAGCUUCAAGAAUGUGCCUGCUACAAGCAAGUCAACCUACCAGGACAGGCACCCUUUCUUAAGAGAAGGGGAUAUGCCUAAGAUUUCUAAACCACAGGAACCAUGGCCUAGCCAUAUCUUUGUUCCAACUGACAAAAAACAAUGUCAAAGUCCCAGGCAGGACGCAUGUCUUUCAGGUAUGAGGCCUGUCCAAACCUACAGGUCAAAUACUAAAAAUUGCAGUUCUUCCCAAGAAACAGGGAAGUUUGGGGACAGGAUAAAAAACUUUAUAAGGUCAAUUUUCAACCCCAAAGCCAAAUUACAAGAGAACUCCCUGGAAAAAAUCAAGGCUUUUCCAGCCACAACCCAAAGCCAAGGGUCAGUCCUGAGUAGAUUAUUCAUGGCCCGACAGGUUGCUGAAGCACAGGAUCUCAUGACCUCUGUUGGAUGGAUUCUAGAGGAAAAGUUGGGGGUUCACCAUUGGUGUGCUCCCUCAAAGAAAAAUUUGCACCAAGAACCACCCCAAGCCCAAGUGAGUAGGCAUGUCUGCCACCACAGGAUUCCUAUUGCAGAAACAAUACAAGGAACAACAAGGAAACAAUACAGUAGCUGUGUUCACCAAGCCAACCCCAAGGUACACAGCCAACCUUCACAAAGCCAACCUUCUACAGACAAAUGGAUGUCCUAUGGUAACUGGGCCCAGGUGUCCAGAGAACCUGGGUCCCGACCCAGGCCCUAUCAGCACAGAGCACAGGCACCACGUGUCCCACGGAACCCUGUCCACUGUCCUAGGCACUGCCCCUACAGAAGUGGACUAUAGAAAGUAAUUAAACACUUUUCCCCAAAAGA